CUUUCCCAGUUGCCACCAUGUCAAUUGACGCUACCAAGGUCUCUGCCGCCGCCACCGAGCCACCGGCCGGCAGCUCGAACCAAGUGGGGUGCUGUGGCUCAAGUCGAAAACACAAACGUUUAGAACUCAAGAAGUGGACUCCUAUUACUUUAUGGGCUUGGGACAUAGUUGUGGACAACUGUGCUAUCUGCAGAAACCAUAUCAUGGAUCGCUGCAUUGAGUGUCAAGCGAAUCAGCAAACUGUCACCAGCGAAGAGUGCACAAUUGCUUGGGGUUUGUGCAACCAUGCCUUCCACUUUCACUGCAUUAGCCGAUGGCUCAAGACUCGCCAAGUUUGCCCAUUAGAUAACAGUGAGUGGGAGUUUCAGAAGUAUGGUGUCUAGAAUCUGCAGGUUAUGCUCAAAAUAAAAA